UUCGUCGAUGUCAUUGUGACGCGCAUUUUUGUGGUUUCCAAACGACGUCAUGGAAUGGGCGAAGAAAUACUUAAGAGCUCGAUAAUUGGGAUGUAUGCUAAAUAUCUCCCAGCAUGUCUUUAUUCCGCACAGCUAUCUCUCGUGUUUCCGCGACUUCCAGUGUCCGAGCAUUCCACGCGUCGCCGGCUGCCUCCAAGACAGUGACAGAAAAAGUAUCAGAAGUUGCAGAGAAUGUGAAUAAGAAAUUGGGGCAAGGAUUAGCUUCAGCUAUUGAGAAGGGCGAAGACGCUACUUCAUCUACGAAAGAGUCAUUACGGUCCGCUGCUGAUAAAACCAAAGAAGGCGCUACUGUAGCCAAACAGAAAGCAAACCAGGCUUCUGCGGGUGCUACUGAGGCCAAGGAGGACUUUAAGAAAGAAGUAAAGAAAUAAGAUCAUCGUUCCCCAAUUCUUCACAACACAUUCCUCUCAUCUUGCAUCCUGUAUCAAUAUCAUAAGAAAUGCAUAACUUGAUGAAAAUUUGAAUACCUGUAGCUAUUUUACAUACUUUAUACGUAGAGGCAAUGCAAACGCCAAUAAAAGAGGUCAAGUACUGAAAAAAUUUUGCGGCCG